GCGGAAGCAGGAGCCGGUGGCAGGGCUGGGCCGCAGAAAGAGGCAGGCCGGGAGGCAUGGCGGCGAUGUUGCUGCAGGGCGGCCUCUGGGCCGAGGAGGCGCCGCCGGAGAGCCGCAUCUUCGCCGCGGUGCUGCUCUUCUCGUGGGCCGUCUACCUCUGGGAAGCGCUGCUCGCCCGGCGGCAGAGGACUGUGUAUAAGACAACCACCCAUGUUCCACUGGAGUUGGGUCCAAUUAUGGACUCAGAAACAUUUGAAAAAUCCCGCCUUUAUCAACUGGAUAAAAGUGCUUUCAGCUUUUGGUCAGGCCUAUACUCAGAAAUUGAGGGCACAGUGAUACUUCUCUGUGGAGGAAUUCCAUUCCUUUGGUCUCUCUCAGGCGAUAUUUCCAGCCGUGCUGGCUUUGGGUCCGAGUAUGAGAUUGUUCAGUCAUUGGUCUUCUUGUUGCUUGCUACACUCUUCAGUGCGGUCACAGGUCUGCCUUGGAGUCUCUACAAUACUUUUGUCAUUGAGGAAAAACAUGGUUUCAAUCAACAGACUCUGGGAUUCUUUUUUAAAGAUGCAAUCAAGAAAUUCAUUGUGACUCAGUGCAUUCUUUUGCCAGUGACAGCACUUCUACUUUACAUCAUAAAAAUAGGUGGAGAUUAUUUCUUCAUUUAUGCAUGGCUCUUCACUUUAGUUGUUUCUUUGGUUCUUGUCACAAUCUAUGCAGACUACAUUGCUCCAUUGUUUGAUAAAUUCAUUCCACUCCCUGAAGGCGAACUCAAACAGCAGAUUGAAGCAAUGGCGCAGAACAUAGAUUUUCCUUUGACAAAAGUGUACGUUGUAGAAGGUUCCAAACGGUCUUCCCACAGCAAUGCUUAUUUCUAUGGCUUUUUCAAGAAUAAACGUAUAGUGCUAUUUGACACUCUCCUGGAAGAUUAUUCUGCCCUUAACAAAGAGCGCUCUGAGGAUUCUGGAUCAGAGACUCAGGCAGCAGAAGGACAUGAAGAAGAUGCCGAGGCAAAGGCGAAAGUCAAAAGUAAGAAGCAAGGCUGCAAAAAUGAAGAAGUCUUGGCUGUGCUGGGCCAUGAGUUGGGUCAUUGGAAACUUGGCCACACGAUUAAAAAUAUUGUCAUAAGUCAGAUGAACUCCUUCUUAUGUUUCUUCUUAUUUGCUGUGCUGAUUGGCCGAAAAGAACUCUUUGCCGCCUUUGGAUUCUAUGAUACACAGCCUACCCUGAUAGGCCUUUUAAUCAUUUUUCAAUUUAUUUUCUCACCUUAUAAUGAGGUCCUCUCCUUUUGUUUAACUGUAUUAAGUAGGCGAUUUGAAUUUCAAGCUGAUGCCUUUGCCAAGGAUCUUGGAAAGGCCAAAGACUUGUAUUCUGCGCUGAUCAAGCUGAACAAAGAUAAUCUUGGAUUCCCUGUUUCAGACUGGCUGUUUUCAAUGUGGCAUUAUUCUCAUCCUCCACUGCUAGAAAGACUUCAAGCGUUGAAGGAAUCUAAGCAAGAUUGAAACUGUAGGCUCUAUGAAAGACGUUCCAUCCCAAAAUCAAGUUCCAUUUUUUAAAAAGUAAUAUACGCAUUCCAUUCCUGAGCACAUCAUUCUCCAAACAGACAAGCUUGUUUCACCUCAUUAGAAAAUAGCUGCCAAAAAUCCUGUUUUCAACUACAAGAAUUUGGAUUCUAAAGAGGAAUACCUUGUGGGGAUUGCUGGGGAAGAAUGUAAUGUGUAACAUUAUCUUAAAUCACAAUACAGCUGGGGGAGAAAGUAAAUUGUUGAAACCUGAAGUAUUCAUGCUUGAAUUUGUUGAAAUGUGACUUUUGUACCUUUUAAGCACUGUGUCUGGGUGUUCUUUUACAGUUACCUUCUAGCUUUCCUACCUCAUCCAUGUGUGCGUGGGGUGGGGGGAUGAAACUAGAACAUCGCCCCCUUGACCAUUGGGAUUCAAACAUUUUAACCAGGCUUCUUCAGAUUGGUGCCUUCCAGAUGUUUUGGACUAAACAUCUCAUUAACCCUGGCCAUUGUGGGGCACAGUGUAGUCCAACAGUUGGGGAGCACCAUUUGAGGAAAGCUGAAGUAAAUUAAAUACUGUCUGGACUGAAAGUGUGAGCUUCUUCCUUUUGGGGUCAGGUUCAUGUCUGCAGUGAAUGAAAACAAAAGCUUUUUACAGAGACGAAUAAAGCCAUCUUUCUCUGAAUUCAGGAUUGAUAAUAAAUUGCAGCUGACAAACA